AGCUGAUGAUGUCAUCACGCGGAGAUUCUCCCGUCGGGGAACGACGGUGAGGGGAAAGUUUAUUAAAACAACCGUGAGGGGAGGGGAGAAAGGAGUUGGAGAAGGAGAACUCCCUAGCAAAAAACUUUAUCCACGCCACAGAAGAGUCUUGGAAGCUCUUUCAGCAAACUGGAUUACACAAAGAACAUUUUUCUGUGGAUUAAUGUUGCCAUAAUUCAACGGAUUAACGAUCACAGAAGGAGCUGAAGGAGGGAGUCAUGAGGGUCGUCUGCUCCUCUCUGGUGCUUCUCACCAUCUGCCUGGGUCACUGGGGUCAACUGGCUUCAGCUGAGGGUGAGGGCCUGGUCUCCAAAUCAAAGGAUGAGUUUGUUAAAGGUGUCAUUUGCCCGUCCAUACAGGUAGAAGACUGGAAGUUUCCUCAAACUGCCAGACACAACAUUACAGGUUUCAAUCUGGCACGCCGAUUCUCUCUGCUGAUGAACAGUGAGGUCAAGAAAAUCCGAAACCCAAGAGGUCCUGUCAUCCUCCGCCUAGGCAAAGUCCAACUCAUCCAACCCACAAAUCAAGUGUUUCCUCAUGGACUUCCAGAGGAGUUCACCCUGGUCUUCACCCUGCUGCUAAAGAAGAAAUCAUUGAAUGAGAGCAUUUACCUGUUCCAGAUAUCUGAUGAGCACGGAUAUCCUCAGUUCUCACUGGACUGGAAUGGUCCAGAUGGCAACCUGGCCCUGCGGGCGAGAGGAGCCGACCCUGAAGGGCCCAUGGUGGGCUGUGUGUUCGACGGAGAUGGUGUGGAAUCCCUGAUGGACAAGCGCUGGCAUAAGGUUGCUCUGAGUCUGCAGAGAGAGUCUGCCUCUUUGCACGUGGACUGCAGCUCCAUUGAGAACAAGCCUCUGGAGCUCCGCGGCCAGUUGCCCAUCAGUGGACACACACUGUUGGGGAUGAGGGCUACUGAUGCUGCCCCUGUGGAGAUUGACAUCCAGCAAGUGAUGGUGUAUUGUGACCCCUCUCUGGCAAUCCAGGAAGCCUGCUGUGAGAUUCCUGGAGCUCGGUGCCCGCCUGAUGCUCCAAAGAGUCGCCGAGCUGCAGAGAACCAGGUGGAGUUUGUGCCCAACCCCUUCAGUCAGGCAAUCCUCGGAUCCAAAGAACUGGCGGAAAAAUGUGCAGGCUGUGUACUGCUCAGUGAGGAAUCGAGUGUUAUCCAGGAGGGUCAGUCUGGACUCAAGGGAGAAAAAGGAGAUCGGGGUUUGGACUGCACAGGUGCUGGAGUUCCUGGACGAUGCUUGGAAGGUGCUAAAGGGGAGAAAGGAGAGAAGGGAGAGUCGGGUCUGGCUGCCAACUGGGGGGAAGCUGUAGGAGUGAAGGGGGUAAAAGGGCAGAAGGGAGAAGUCGGAGCCCCAGGUCUGGCUGGUAGUCCGGGAAGAGAUGGUCGAGCUAAUCCUAUUUGUGUGGUGGGCCCUAAAGGACAAAAGGGCGCUCCUGGUGUGGUCGGUCCAGAGGGGCUCGCAGGAGAACCAGGCCAGCCAGGAUUUCCAGGACUACCUGGUGUUGGGAAACCGGGACUACCUGGGCCCCCUGGUGGAUCUUCAGGUUCUAAAGGAGAGAAAGGGGAUUCUGGGACACCUGGAGAAGACGGAAAGCCUGGAGAACCCGGUCCGAGAGGCCCUUGGGGACCUAAAGGCGAGAAGGGAGAACCGUGUGAACCAUGUCAAGUGAUCUCUUCAGAAUCUGGAAACACCUUGGGCUCGCAGAGCAAACAGGGGGCUAAAGGGGAACCGGGUGUUCCAGGCAAAUCAGAACAGGGUCCACCUGGCCUUCCAGGAGUGGAUGGCAGAACAGGAGAGAAGGGGGAGGCAGGGGUCGAUGGAGCCAAAGGUGAAAAGGGUGAACCAUGUUCCGGCUGUCCAUCCAAUGGACUAAAUCCAGCAGGCAUUUUGAAGCAGACUCAAAAGGGAGAGAAGGGAGAUCCUGGUGUUGGGCAGAAAGGAGAGCAGGGAGAACCAGGACAGAUUGGCUUUGGUGGACUUAAAGGAGAAAAGGGCAAUGCUGGCAGCAGAGGAAAUGAGGGUAAAACUGGCAAACCUGGUCCAAGAGGGCCAAGUGGGAAAGAUGGAAAUAAAGGAGCCAAGGGUGACACUGGCCUACCUGGUAUAGGGACACCUGGUCUAAAAGGUGAAAAGGGGGACUCGUGUGGGGCAUGCCAGUCCUCUCCCUCUGAAGUGGGAAGUGGCCCACCUACAAUAAAAUUGACAGGAGAACGUGGACCUCCAGGACCCGCAGGCCCACCAGGAGAAGGAGCUGAGGGCAAACAGGGGCCACCAGGUCUUCAAGGAUUCAAAGGAGAGAAAGGUGAUCAGGGUUUACAAGGAGACUCAGGUACACCUGGUACACCUGGAGUCGCAGGACCUCAAGGAGAGCCAGGCAGGAACGGUCUUAAUGGACUAAAAGGAGAAAAGGGAGAUGCUUGCGACAGCUGUCCGUCACUCCCUGAAGGAAAUGGAGAUGUUGUUGGCUUACCGGGACCUAAGGGAGAGAGAGGAGAGCCGGGUUUGCCAGGCGAGGGCCGAGAAGGGAAACAGGGUCGACCAGGCCCACCUGGUGUUCAGGGACCUCCAGGACUCAAAGGAAGUCAGGGGGAUUCUGGGCCUGCAGGUAUUGGCCUUCCAGGACCACAGGGCGAGCAGGGACCUAGAGGCUUUCCUGGAGCUGCUGGUCCAGAAGGACGUUCAGGACUCAUAGGGCCAAUGGGACCAUCAGGACUAAGGGGUCCAAAGGGAGAGAUAGGACCACCGGGGCCACAGGGGCCAAUGGUAACAGGACCAGUCGGACCACCGGGUCGGGAUGGUACAGCCGGAUUCCCUGGAAUACCAGGACAAGAUGGGGCUCCCGGAGUCAAGGGGCCCAAGGGUGACAAGGGUGAACCAGGAGAGUGCAACUGUUUGCAUAAUAUGUUUCCUGGAACUGGCGGACCUGGAGUCCCAGGUGGUGAAAACAGGGUACAGCCAGGUCCUCAGGGGCCUCCUGGACCACCGGGCCCUCCAGGUCCUCCAGGCCCCCAGGGCUUUACUGGAAUCCCAGGCCCACAGGGUAUCCCUGGCAACGAUGGCUUACCAGGGAAAGCGGGUCCACCGGGCCAAGCAAAUCUCCUUCCUCAGGAUUCAGCUUCUCCAGGAAAGGAAGGCUGUGGCGAUUGUUCCAAGGGUCUACCAGGUGUGCCUGGCACGGUUGGUGCAAAGGGCGAGAAGGGAGAUCAGGGCAAACCUGGCGUUGUGCCCUUGGAAGGAUGCGAACGGUGUUUUGAGCUGCAGAGAGAGGAAACACCAAGCGGACCUACGGGUAACAGCGGUCCGUGUGUUGGCACACCGGGGGCACCUGGAUUCCCAGGACAACCAGGAGUUAAAGGAGAGCCAGGUCCUAGAGGGGAGAGAGGACCUCCUGGUACUCCUGGAAACCCGGGCAAUAUUGGUUUCCCUGGUCCUCAAGGGCCUCCAGGCUUGUCCGGUCAGCAAGGUCAAAGAGGGACAGAUGGGAAUCCAGGACUGAAGGGCGAACAGGGUCCACCAGGAAGUCCUGGCUAUCCUGGAACUAUGGGACCACCCGGUCUCCCUGGACUUAAAGGAGAGCGAGGCAGUCCAGGCACUGUGGGGCUGAAAGGAGAAUCAGGCCCACCGGGAUCUCCAGGUUAUCAAGGACCAGUCGGUCCGGCAGGUCCUAAAGGGGAAGCUGGAGCAUCGGGACCUGGGGGAGCAAAGGGAGAUCAGGGCUUUCAAGGAUCUCCGGGAUUUCCAGGACAACAGGGUCCUCCAGGUUUCCCAGGGAAAGCAGGACCUCCAGGCCCUCCAGGACCACAGGCUGAGAAGGGUGUUGCUGGAGUUGCAGGCCCACAGGGGCCCACAGGUCCUCCAGGAUCACCAGGGUCCCCAGGCAUGCCUGGACCACCUGGAAUGGAAGGACUUGAUGGCAAAGAUGGAAAACCAGGUUUAAGGGGUGAACCAGGACCAGCUGGCCAGCCUGGACUCAGGGGAAUCCCGGGUUUCAAGGGCAUCAAAGGACACACGGGUCUCCCUGGAAUGAAAGGAGAAAGAGGACCACAGGGACCAGCCGGAGCCUCAGGAAGGCCUGGUCUUGAGGGUGAUCUUGGUCCCCCUGGACCUCAGGGACCACCUGGAGCUCCAGGACAUUUGGGUGCUGUCGGACCCGUAGGGCCACCGGGACCAGUUGGGCCACCUGGAGCUGGCACUAAGGGAGACAAAGGUGAGCCAGGAGAGAGAGGACAGGGUGGAUUACCUGGCCCUCCAGGACUUCCAGGUCACCCAGGACUGAUGGGUGAACCAGGAAGUGACGGAUCUGCAGGUAAAGAUGGAGCCCCGGGCCUGCCAGGAGAGCCUGGUCCACAGGGAGUAAAGGGUGAUGCAGGGGCUGAGGGGCAGAGGGGGCCCCCGGGAGAGCGUGGACGUCCCGGACCACCAGGAGGAGGCUUAGGUUUUGGCUCCAAAGGACCAGAAGGGAUCAUAGGGCCAGCCGGGCCCCGUGGUGAGAGGGGAAGCCCUGGUUCACCCGGACAAGCUGGUGCCCCUGGAUUACCAGGAAUACCAGGGAAUGAUGCUGUUGUGAACUAUGAUGAGCUAAGAUCCUUCAUCAGACAGCAGGUCAUAAAGAUAUUUGACGAGCGCAUGGGUUACUACAUGUCACGAAUGCAGAUGCCUGUGGAGAUGGUUGCAUCCCCCGGACGACCGGGACCCCCGGGUAAAGAUGGAAAUCCAGGCCUUCCAGGUCCUGCAGGGAUGCCAGGCCGUCCUGGGCAGAUUGGGCGUGAAGGAAGGCAGGGACCCAUGGGUCCGCCCGGUGGUCCUGGAGUGAAGGGAGAGAAAGGAGAUAAGGGUGUUGGAGAAAUGGGAGACAGUGGUCCUCCUGGUGCUCCAGGUCUCCCUGGUCCUCCUGGUUAUGGAAAGAUGGGACCACCAGGUCCUUCUGGUCAACAGGGAGUCCCUGGCAUUCCUGGACCUCCAGGACCAUCAGGACAGAAGGGCAAGGAUGGCCGCUGUCAUCCAUCGGACUGUAUGAGUAUGCCUAUGGAAUACAAUCCCAAGGGUCCACCUCCCAAAGGUCCCAUGUACUAAAAGAGAUUUUAAGAGAAGUAAAAGCUGGAGGAUGGUACCCAAAUAUUAACAUUCACACAAUUACCUACCUGCACCUGCUCUAAGGCUCCACGGAGAACCAAAGGAUUGAUGUGCAUUUCCGUUCCGCAAAGCCAAAACACUGGUUCUCCACCAAUGGGGAAUUUAAUAUAGUCUGGCAUUAACACCACUACAAUAAGUGCCACAUUCCAAACCUGAGUGCCUUAACCUCUGAGUAAUGCUACACUUGCAGUAGAGAUGGUGCUUUUACUGUUGCAGUAAAUUGAAGACCUCUAGAUUCCUGGACAUAUAAGGCUUUGACAGUUGUUAUUAAUUUCCAGAUUUAUUCAGAAUUCAGCAUUUUUAAUUUCUUACUAACCCCCCACAGGAUAUUAGUUUCUCAAUGUCACAUCAAGGCCAUUUGUUAUCUAUUAAAGCAAUAUCCUUGAGUUAAAUGCAAGUUAAAAUCAUCUACAGCAUGCCGUUUGUUAAAGCAGGAAUUAUUUUGGCAUAAAUUAUAGUGGAACUCCAUGGGCUAAGUGUAUACGGAUUUUUCUUUUUAAUUUAGUAUAAAAUUAGGUACGAGUGAAAAUGAUUUUCCACUGAGAUUGACUUCAUGCCAGUGAUGCUGUUGGUAGUGCUUGUAUUAAAUCCAAAAUAUUCGUUUAACUAUAUUUUUUCGUGAGGGGAUUGUUUUGGCAGCUGCUAGUUUCAGUAUUUUAGUGCUUUGGUAAAGACAUGUGGCAUAAAUAUCCAUCUUACUCCUGUCCUUUUACAGUGUGAGCCGCUGCAUAUAAAAUAGGCUAAGACUACCAUUAGGCAUAGAUGCAGUUGCCCUAAUAAAUUAUGUUAAUUAUUCAAAAUGAACUCCCCAAAGGGCUUGUGUUGUACAUAUUCAUAUUUAUAUGUAAUGGCUUUUUGUACUUAAAAAAUUGACAUCGGCAUGGCAGCCCUUUCUAUUGUUGUUUUAUAUUUUGGAACAAUGUUGUAAGCUCGGUUGCUUUGUAAAGGUAGGUUUAUAUGCGAUUUGCAAUUUGGGAUGGAAUGAGAUUUUAUUUUUGUAAGACUUUUUUUUCAUCGACACCAAUCUCUUGAUGAGCUCUGUGACGACAUCUCCUCCUCCACCACUCUGGACUCUUAAACUUGAAUUGACAUUUGAUAUACUGUACCACUUGCAGCUGAACCAUCGUGUGCUUCUAGAAUAUCUCAAAUAUGCUUUGCUAGUCAUCCUAAAACACAGCAGAUCCCCAACAUUCAGUCAUCUUUAAAGCAAACGGCAUCUCUGAUCCUCUGCUGCGUCAGCCAGUCUGAUGCUUUUACACUUUGCACUUUAUCCUCUCAUUGUCACUCCCUCGGUCUGUAUGUGUGUGUGUGAGUGUGCGCAAGGAUGGAGAGAAUGAAUCUCAAUCUGUAUUAGGAGGAUAGCUGAAAAGUUUUACGCAGAGCCAUUUACAAUUGUCAAAUUAUGCAGCUUUCAUGAACGUUACGAGCAUGCCGAUUUCAGAUUGGCUUUCAAUCUUUUAACAUUCCAAUUUUUAAAGAAUCUCCCCCCCAUCGUCAUGCAUCUCACCACAGCGCUUUUAUAAAUAAAGUCAUUUGUGUGCAAAUUCUGUUUGAAGAAACUUAAGAGAACCAAUAAAGGUUUUGAAAGCAAAGUC